AUGACCGAGUCGGUUCAUUUCGUCUGUGAAGAAGGCGAAACAACUGAAACAUGUCUCAGCGACGGCGAUCAAGGACUGAUGUCAUCCAGUUUACGGGUACCCGAGCCGUCAACACCGAAGAGAGUUCGUCACGCCACCGACAUAUCACCGGUGCGCGAACAUCCCGAGCACAGAGAUCGAACGCUUACUGAGCUCGUCACUCCACGCAAUACACUCGUAACAGAGACCUCACAGGAAGAUAUUCCAUCGUUGAACGAAAUCGAAGAUGACGUGAUCGUCGACGUCUGUGAACUCGAGCAUGAAGAGGAGGACGAGGACGAUGACGAUAAUGAUGACGACGUCGAGCUCGGCUAA